AGUAGCCACGGAAUUUCGUUAGAUGACGACAGUUGAUCAUAAAAAAGAAGACAAAAGAUGUAUUAAUUAUUUUAUAUAAAGCAAUUCAAUAUGCCUAUCAAACGGCUGAUUCAGGUACGAGAAAUGCCCAAGAAUAAAUCUAUUUCUGUUAUAGAAAAUCCCGAACAUUUAAAGGUGUUUAAAAGUGUUGUUUUCCAGUCCGCCCGAGAAGGAAAGUUAAACAAGCUCAAAGAUGUUUUGGAUUCGCUGUCAAGGGAGGAAGUAAAAUACAUAGUGUCAACAGUAACCGAAAGUACUACACCAUUGCUUAUGGCCUGUCGCCAUGGUCAUCUAGAAAUUGUGAAUUACUUUAUUGAAAAAUGUGUUGCUGAUUAUGAGCAGGUCGGAUCAGUGACGUUUGAUGGUGAAACUGUAGAUGGUGCCCCACCAUUAUGGUGUGCUGCUGCAGCUGGCCAUUUUAACAUUGUCCAGUCACUCAUAAAACAUGGAGCAAAUGUUAAUCAUACGACAUUCUCAAACUCAACCCCCUUACGUGCAGCCUGUUUUGAUGGACAUUAUGAUAUUGUAAAAUAUCUAGUGCAACACAAGGCAGAUAUCGAGGUUGCCAAUCGUCAUGGGCACACAUGCCUAAUGAUUUCUUGUUACAAAGGUCACUUUAAAAUUGCAAAAUAUCUACUGGAGCUGGGCGCAAAUGUCGAUCGCAAGAGUGUAAAGGGUAAUACAGCCCUACAUGACUGUGCAGAGUCUGGAAGCUUAGAAAUAAUGAAACUUCUUUUUCUUAGAUACCAUGCAAAGAUGGAAAAGGAUGCAUACAACAUGACCCCUCUUUUGGCAGCUGCGGUCGCAGGACAUCGUAACAUAGUUGAUUUCCUUGUUCUGCGGUAUGAAAUUUGUAAGCAUGAGAAGAUAAAUGCAUUGGAGUUGAUGGGAGCAACAUAUAUCGAUAAAAAACGUGAUGUCUUACAAGCUUUGAAGUACUGGAAUCGUGCAAUGGAGGAACGUUACAAAGACCCAAGAAAAGUUGUACGAAAGUCUAAACCAGCAGAGCUUAUACCAGCUUACGAAUAUGCAGUUGAAGCUGAGAGUGCAGAGGAGCUUGAAAACAUUGUAUCUGAUGUCGAUGUCAUGCGAAUGCAAGCACUACUAAUCCGAGAACGCAUCUUAGGCCCAGCCCAUCCUGAUACCACUUAUUAUAUACGAUACCGCGGUGCAGUUUAUGCAGAUUCUGGAAACUUCGAUCGCUGUAUACAAUUGUGGAUGUAUGCACUUGAUAUGCAGCAACGAGUGCUUGAACCACUUAACCCAAUGACCCAAAGCAGUUUGUUGUCAUUUGCAGAACUCUUCUCAUACAUGAUGUCAGAACGUAAUGGUCAAAGAGUCUAUAGUAAUUUAUCUUUUGUUGAUAUGAAGACUGUUUAUCUGAAAGGGGUAGCAGAAAUUGAACGUGCUAUGUCCCUUAGUAAACCUAUGCCAUUACAAGAAAAAGACAUGUUGAAUUUUAACCGAUGUUUACAGAUAUUAAUGCAUCUUAUGAAUCUUGUUGCCAAGUUGGAUUGCACACCAGACCACGCACAGAUUAUCAAACGUGCAACUUAUAAGUUGUUGAAACUUCACCCCAGGGGGAUGCAUGGUUACACACCAUUACACCUAGCUGUUGAUAAAGAAACAUCUGCUGUUGGACGCUACCCUGUCUGUUGUUUUCCAGAUAAGAAUGUUGUAUCUCUCCUGAUUGACUGUGGUGCAGAUGCGAAUGCAAUCGACAUCAACAGGAAUACUCCUCUCCACAUUGCAGCCACAUGCUUGAAGGAUAACUGCGAAGUGAUGACAUUUCUGAUAGAAUCUGGCUCGCAUAUUGAUAGCUGCAAUUCUGACAACAAAACUGCUCUUGAGCUUGUAAAGGGAGCAUGUGAUAUAUGCCCAAUGAAUUAUAUUACAUUAAAGUGUUUAUCAGCAAAAAUCAUCAUACAACAUAACAUCCCAUACAGAGGUCAUAUACCAUGCAGGCUUGAAGCUUUUAUUGAAGCGCAUUAAGAUAACAAUUAGAAAGUAUAAUACAUACUCCAAGUAUUGAAAUUUCGACAUAAUUAAUGUCGAAAUAUUGAAUCCCAACACGAUGGCGUGUAUUUCAAUACUUGGAGUAUGUAUUAUACUUUCUUAUCUGAGAUUAAUCAGUGGACCUUUCGGUUUUUGGAUAACAAUUAGAAUCAUGCAUUUUAAGCUUUGUCCAUGUGACAUGCCUAUAUAUGGUCAUGAUGACAUCACAUCAUGACCAUAUAUAGCCAUAUCAUGACUAUAUAUGGGCAUACAACUAUUUUUUGUCAAAGAAAAUUUGAUUUUGUGUGUACAGAGCUUUAUACAGUAAUUUGAAGUGAAUGUAAUUUUAUGACAUAGAAAUAUUUGCAUUGACAUACUCUACAUGAUGUGCAUAGUGUAAUCUGGCCACAAAUAUUAGCUUCUAAGUGUACUGUGCACUGGUACUACUUUUACUGGGUGUGCACCAGUAUUCUACUACCGAUAAGCAAAUUUCUGACUGUCCCCCAGCAAUAGUAGAAUACAAUUUUUUUGACAGCAUAAAUAUUUUCAAGGCUGUUAACAGGAAGUAUUAUGGUCGAAACUAACCAGUAUGUGAACAUGACUGAAAACAAAUCAUUUAGAUCAAAAAUUAUACUGACCCAGUUAUGGCCAGGUUCAUCUGGCAGCUCUAGUGCACUGUACUCUUUUCAAAAUCCUGUAUGCUGGUUGUGCACUGAAACUGGUUGUUAUAUUUACGUUAAUGAUUGUACAGUAAUGCUCUGCUAAUUGGUUGUCUCAUAGUUGUACACCUGCCAACUUUCACUAAAAAUGUGCGAGUCUUGCGCAUAAGCAUCCACUUUAUUCGUCACGUGCCUAUGUAAUAAUCCCUCACAUCAUAAAAAUGUUUAUAAAAGAUAAAAUUUAUAGGCCAAUUAUACCCUAAAAUUCAUAAAAAUGAAAUGAAUUUUUCAGUAAAACAUGAAUACAGGCUAUACAAUUUUUUUUGACGAAGCUAUACCGACCAACGACUGUAAUCUAAUGCAGUUCCAUUACAAUUUAAAAUAAAACAGAUUGUGCUACUUUUCGUGAUUCUUACAUAGAGGGUGCUAUAUACCUUCUUUUCUUGCGCAUCAGACACUACAUGUAAGUUGGCAGGUAUAUAGUGUAGUAGUUGGAGGUUCACAUGCUGAUUGUUUUUCAUUGCUGAAUUCAUUCAGAAUUCUGUAUCUAAAAAUGACAAUUUACCAUAUUAUUUAUUGGUUAAUGGAUUCAAUAUGGUUUGGAAUAUACUGUACUGUAGUACCCAACCAGGGCAGCAUUGCAUCAUUGUGUGAAUUUCAAUAUUAUUUAUGAAAACAACAUACAGGAUUAUUUUGUAUACUGGUUUGCAUGGUACUGCGGUAGAUCAAUAAUUUAUUUAAACAGUAAAGUACUGUACAGUAUUUUGCUGUCAAUUCUACCACAGAAAUAAUCAUAUGGUACAGGUACAGUGUGUCCUACUCUUUAUGGUAGAAACGUUGUUACUUGAUGGUGAUAUUCAAGUGAAAUGCAUGGUAAGAACUCCAAAGCUCAGUUUACUGUACAGAAGGAAAUUGAAAGUGAUUCUGUGUAGGUGUGUCAAUGAUGCACUAAAACAACUUAACCGACACCAAUUUGAAUGAUAUAGUACCUCACUGUAAAAGGUUUAGGCAGGAUUGUUUUAAUAAGGAAUGAUGUGCAAUUAUUGUAUAUUUCUAGAGCAAAUGUAACAGCACUAUCCCAUGUAAAUUUAAGGUUUCUUUUGUGAUUCAGAAUAUCCCAAUUAUUCUGUUGUCAUUGCAAUGAAGUAAUUUAGUGAUAUGAAUAGAUCGAAGUUGAGAAAAAAAAAAUUAUAUUUUUGUUUGGAAAUUCCUAAAACAAAAAUACUUGUAUUAUUACACUGAUAAUUAUAUUUAUAAAAUAUAUAUACAGUAUAAUUUUUUUGUCACUUCAUAAACCUAGAAAUAUUUUAUUUGGGAAGGCUAAAAAUAUAUAUCUAACAGUUUAGAAUAGGAUUCGCCAUUCUCUUAUUUGUAACCACUUACAGUAACUUCUCAUAGACAGACCUAGACAUUUAUUUUACAGUAUUACCAGACAGGGGGUGGAGCUAUAACUUAGUGGUUAAGGUAUUUGCUUUUAAAAUGCCUCCAUUUAUUACCCGUUUAUAAUAUCAAUACCAGAAAAUGUUUUGCAUUAGAAUGAGAAAAGGAAGAACCAAAUAAUUAAAGAAUGUGGUAUCAAAAUAAGAGGGAACCCUGAUGAUAUUAAUAAUGCAUCGAAUGUUGUCUUAUAAAAAUUGGAUUACUAACAAAGAUUUCUCAAAAACUAACAUUGUGUCCUCUUAUUACUGGACAUUAUUUAUUACUAGAUCAUUAUUUGGCUUGCAUUUCUUCAGAUGCUGAUGGUCUCAUUAUCAUGUUAAUACAUAAAUUUAUUUACUAAUCAUAAUGAGUUUUGAUAUUAAUAUUUAGUUAUUUUUUAAAUGAAGGUCAUUGUCAUUGAAGUAUUUAAUUCUUAAGGUACAUUCAUAGAAAAUGGUUGUGUACCAACAUUGAAAUUCAGAUCAUUGAAGACAAUAAUUUAAAGAGGUUUGGUUUUUUUUUUUGUUUGUUUAGUUGAUGCCUUCAGCAUUAAAUCAUCAACAUUUUGAA